UUCUUAACACAAUAACACACAUUACACAUAUACAUACACACAAAGUUAUCUCUAUAUUCCGGCCAGUGAUUACUCACUCCGAUCUUCAGCCGUGGCUUCUCCAUCACCGUCAGGGCAGCAGAACAACAACCUUUCACGGCGAAGAACAUCGUCGGCGCGUGAACCUACUAACACUACACGGAUCAUAUACAGAGAAACAACGUCGUUAUCUGAACCGGAUCCGGUUUGGCAACGGACGUGGUUCAUCGGAACAUUACUCGCGAUGGCUGUUUCGUUUUUCGGUAUCGCUAUAUUCAUGUUUCUAACUUUAGAUUCAGAUUUUUACACCUCUUCAUCAUCAUCAUCAUCGUCUACAGUUUAUGCUGCCAAUUCUGAAGGCGUUGAGAUUACCUAUGGGUCAGUGAUCAAGUUAAUGCAUGAAAAGACAAAAUUCCGACUACACUCACACGAUGUCCCAUAUGGAUCUGGCAGUGGGCAGCAAUCUGUUACUGGCUUUCCAAAUGUGGAUGAUGCCAAUAGCUACUGGAUUGUUAGACCUGAGCCGGAGACAUCUGUGAAAUCUGGAGACACCAUAAAAAGUGGUACCAUCAUUCGGUUGCAACAUAUGAAGACUAGGAGAUGGCUCCAUAGCCACUUGCACGCCUCACCAAUAUCAGGCAACCUAGAGGUGAGUUGCUUUGGAGAUGAUGGUAAGUCAGACACCGGUGAUUAUUGGAGAGUUGAAAUCGAAGGAAGCGGGAAAACAUGGAAACAAGAUCAAAGAAUUAGGCUUCAUCACGUCGAUACAAGUGGAUAUUUACACAGUCAUAAUAAGAAGUAUAGUCGUAUUGCUGGUGGUCAGCAAGAGGUUUGUGGUGUAAGAGAGAAAAAGGCUGAUAAUAUUUGGCUGGCAGCAGAAGGCAUAUACCUUCCAACAGCUGAGAGCAAAGCAUCAAUGUAGUUAUCCAGUUUUUACAGUUUUGGUUAUAAUUUCCAGCGAAGUGUACCUUAUUUCUGCAUUGACAGUAUUGUUUUAGCUAAUCAAUUCCAGGAACACAAGUUAUGAUUUA